AUUCUUAUUCAUCACAUUUUUCUUGAUGAAUUUAUUCAUCACACUACAAGUUUAAAAAUUCCAAAAACCUCACAAAACUUCGCAGUUCUUUUAAAAACACCAAAAAAAUUUAACGAAGGCAGCUAUUUAUACUAAACCUUCAUCUCUUUUAGGGUUUGUAUUGAAAAAAAAGCAAAAUGAGGCAUUUAUUAGAAACGGUGCAUGGUUUAAAACCAGUGAUUUUAAUGAUUUUAGUACAAUUUAUACUCACCGGAAUGAAUAUAUUUUACAAACUUGCUGCAAAUGAUGGGAUGAAUAUGAGAGUUCUUGUUGCUUAUCGUUCCAUUCUUUCUGCUGCAUUUACUGUACCGCUCGCUCUCAUCUUUGAAAGGAAGUAUUUAACAAAACUUACCUGGGUUAUCAUCGUUGAAGCGUUUUUUUGUGGGUUAUUUGGGGCAACUUUGGCCCAGAAUUUGUACGUGGAAAGCUUGGUAUUGACAUCUGCAACAUUUUCCGUUGCUAUAACUAAUCUUUGUCCCGCUGUUACAUUAAUCUUGGCAACCUCUUUCGGGUUGGAGAAAGUGAGAUUAGGGACAACAACAGACAAGGCAAAGGUAUUUGGAAUACUAAUAGGAAUAGGUGGGGCUAUGGUUUUUACUUUCUACAAAGGUGUGGAGAUCAAAAUUUGGUCAACAAAUGUUGAUCUUUUGAAACAUAAAAAUCAUACUCAGCUUCACAAAGAUAACAGUACUAGCCAUCAUAUAAUUGGUUCUUGCUUGGCAUUUGCUAGUUGCGUCUGCUUUGGAAUGUGGCUCAUUAUUCAGUCAAAAUUGAGCAAGAAAUUCCCAUAUCAUUACUCAAGCGCAGCAUUGAUGUCUUUGAUGGGAUCUAUUCAGAGUGUUAUAUUUGCCCUAUCCAUCGACCGAAGUUGGAGCCAAUGGAAGUUGGGCUGGAAUCUUAGGCUACUUGCAGCUGCUUAUUCGGGGAUUGUGACUUCGGGAGUGGUACUGACCUUAAUCGCAUGGUGUGUCUCGUUGAGAGGGCCAGUGUUCGUCGCUAGUUUCAAUCCUCUCUGCUUAGUGCUUGUUGCCAUUGCCGGCUCUUUGAUGCUAGAAGAACAACUUCACUUGGGAAGCAUACUAGGAGCAGGGCUGAUAGUUUGUGGAUUAUACAUACUACUUUGGGGUCAAAAUAAAGAGAUUAAAGAGAAGGCUAAAUUAUUGCCAAAAGAUAGCUCAUCAACAAAUCAUGAACUACUUAAGGUUGUUGUUGAUGAUGAUCAUGGCGAUGGCAAUGGCAAUGCUAUUACUACUAAAGCCGAGUCAUCUACAUAGAGAACUCAUAUCAGAAAUUCAAAUAUAGACAAAAUUUAGGGAGGAAAAAGAAAUAUUUUUGAGGGACUUGAUCUCUAGAUGAGGAAUUUUUUUUUUAAAAAGAUAGAUUUAGCCAUCAAAAAGUAGAAGGUAUAUGACAUAUAAACCAUUUUUUAGA